GCCAAGGUGCGCCGCAUCUUCGGCAUCCCAGUGGUGCUCCCGGCGCGCCUGUUCGGCCGCGCCGCGCCUCUCGACGAGCCGGAGGGUGCGCGCGAGCAUCUGCCCCAACUGGACCCGAGCAUGGUCAACACCACGUCCAUGGCCCGCAGCGCCAUCCCGGUGCUGCCGCGCGCUGCCGCCUACCUCUGCCUGCUGUUCAACAUCCUGGUGCCAGGUCUGGGCACGGCGCUGAGUGGUCUGCUAGUACACUGCAUGGGCCGUACGCGCUACUCGGUCACCACCACCAAGGGGCACCGCUGGACCAGUACCUGCACCAACCUGGUGGUGGCGUUGAUGCAGCUGUACACGCUGACGUUCUGCCUGGUCGGCUGGUUCUGGAGCAUCGGGUGGGGCAUCAUCAUGGUCACCAUCGCCGAUCAGCACCGCUCGCUGCAGCACAUGAGCGCGGAGGAGCGCGCCACCCAGACUCGACGCUCCUCUUUCCAGCAGCUGAUCGGCGAAGACUGAGUGUCUCCCUUUCGGAACGGCGGCGGUGAUCGUCAGCACCGCGGCAAUCACGGCAGGACGAAACGGCGGCGGUGACGUCAGCACCGCGACAAUCAC